UAUUAUAUUUGGUGUUUUCUUAAUGUUAGGUGUGAGCCUCAUUCAAUGUUUGCCAGAUUGUAAACAUGACAAUGUUCCACCCAUAUUCGCCGCAGAUAAUUUUUCGGUAUGCAAGAGUGAUGGCAAUCUUUUCUGCAGGAUGAAAUUUUCCCUGAUACCCAUGAACAAUAAUACUAACACAUGGAAAAUUGUAGAGAAGUCUAAGAACUACAAACACUGCUUCAGACGUGAUAUUGUAUACCGCUUUCGGUGCCUAUCGAAUGUACUCGAAGAUGAGACAGAAAUACAACUCGAAGCAACGAAGAAAGAAAACAGCCUGCUCAAAAAUUUCUCAAUGACAGCUCAUUUGGAUUCUCUGUGCUGUCAUAAUUAUUCUAGAGUGGACCAUUUGACUCCAUACGACUAUAUCUUAAUGGUAAUAUUGAUUGGCUACCUAACCCUAGUGGGUUAUGCAACAAAGAUAGAUUUGGAACAAUCACAUGAGCCAUCAAAAAUGGGUGGAAAAUUCUUUUCAUAUUUCUCGAUUGUAAAUCAAUGGAGGAACCUGAAAAAGCCUAUAACUGACCCAGAAUAUAACCAGAUGAAAUGUUUGCAAGGAGUGCGGACAUACACGAUGGCUUUAGUGAUAGUUGGACACACUUUAACAGGAGGUCUUCUAGGUUAUGUGACAAAUGAAAAUUAUGUGGAAAAGUUUUAUGUGAAUGUGUCGACAAGAGCAAUCGUGAAUCUAUUGCUCCUUUUAGUACAAACGAAUUUCAUGAUAUCAGGGUGGUUGACAGCUAAAAUGGUGUACAACCAUGUGGAAAAGAAUGGAAAAGUAACGCUCCAGUUUGUAAUCAAGAAGAUAAUUGGAAGAUAUAUGAGGUUAUUUUCUUGCUUGGCGUUCGUUAUCUGCCUCGAGAUGAGCAACUGGACAAAGGUGUUGGUUGCUCCACCACCCAUUGAAUCCUUCGAAAUGGACUACAAUGCUUGCCAGAAAAAUUGGUGGGCUUCAUUACUUCUGAUAAACAAUAUAUUCAAGUCAUCUGAAAUGUGUAACCUAGGGCUCUGGUACCUAGCAAAUGACAUUCAGUUUUAUGUGUUAUCCUUGGUAACAUACUACUUGAUGUUCAAAUUUGAUAUUGGACAGAAGAUGAUUGCUUGUCUCAUUGGUUUUUUCUGGUCUAUAACCUGUUGCUUGAUUUAUUACCACAACCUACCAGUAGCAUAUCCGUACUACGCACAAUACCUGCCCUUAGAACUCUUGAUGUCUUCGUACGACCUGUAUGUUUUGUAUACUUCCCUCUACAUAAACUUUGGAAGUUACGGAGUUGGUCUCUUGUUUGGAAAUUUAUUCCACCGUUACAAAAAUCAUACUUUUGCCUCUAGUAAAGUAGUAUCUUGUUUGUGGUUGCUGCUAUUUUUUGGUCUACCGACCAUCGCUGUCUACGGCACACUUUUUGAAUAUUCGAGACUGACAACUGCACUCUUGGGACCCACUUUGAAACCACUGUUUUCUUUAGGAAUCGCGAUAGGGAUGUUCGGCAUGAUCAGCAGAAUGGGUGGAGGAAUCAUCAAAUCGAUAUGCGAAUGGAGAUUGGCGGAGUUUGUAGCCAGGUGGUCAUACAGCACGUAUAUGAUCCACUUCUUCGUAGUUUUCGGGCGACACCUCCUCAAAGGAGGCAUAGAAGAUAUAUCAGAUAAGAGUCUGAUAAAAACGGCUGUUUUGGACAUAAUUCAAUCAUUCGUUGCUGGUCUAGUAGUGCAUCUCAUCAUAGAACGUCCUAUGGCCAAUGUUUGUUCAUGCUUUCUCUCCAAGAAAACGACCAAGAACAAGAAACUGGGAAAUCAGAAAGUAAAGUUAUAAUAAAUGGGAAACUGUAUUUUUUUUUGUACCAUCAGGAAGUUUUGGUUCUGUGCUUGUUCAGAACAUCAGAAUAGAUUCAAACAACAAGUGGUAUGUCAAGUAGAGAAUACAUGCACCAAGAAAAUGAAUGAUUUGAAUAAAAAUUCGAAACAUUCACCUCUCAGAAAGAUCUAGCAAACACAUCGGAAAACCAUUUCUAUUCAGAUAGAUACCACGGCGGAUAUUUCUAUUAUUUCCGACUGACAUUUGUGCCUUCCAGUGUCUGGUGGUCAAUUAUAUUUUUCAUACAUGUUAUUUAUCAUGUCCAUAUGACGUUCUUCAACGUACUCAGAAUUUCCAUCACAUUUUGUAUAUAUUUUGCGAAACAUCACUAUGAUUAAAGGUCAUGUUAUGUUCUUAGAAAUUGGGGACUUAUCGUCUCGA